AUGUCCUCGCGACUGUGGCUCUGGUGCUUCUGCGCCUGGGCGGUUGCCGGCUGGCCGCCAGGAAGCGCCCUACAGCUCCGGCUGGGCAUGCCAAGUGUUUUUGAAGAACAGCAAGUGACUGUGGUUGGACUUGCACACCCAUGUAUUCAGGCAUUCACACACAUUGUCAAGCUCUGCAAACAAGGCUGUACUGGCUCAAGUUGGUGUGUGACCUAUGAAAGAAGGGCCCGGUACUACACCAUCUAUGGACAGGUGUACAACGUGGAGCAGCAGCCUGUCUACCGGUGCUGCCCUGGUUGGAACCAGUGGGAUGAUGAACUGGGAUGCCUACACUCUAUCGCUGCAGUGGGAACUUGUUUCAAUGGAAGAAAAUGCUCACACGGUGAAGGCCAGUAGUGCCAGUGUUCAGAGGGAUUUCAUGGACCCCACUGUCAGUCUGAUAUAAAUGAAUGUACCAUUGACAAUGGUGGCUGUCAAGAUCGAUGCUGUAAUACAGUUGGCAGUUACUACUGCAAAUGUCAACCUGGCCAGAAGCUGGAGGAAGAUGGCAAAGAAUGUGAAGAUGUCGAUGAAUGUGCAGUGGUGAAUGGAGGCUGCCAGCAGCGCUGUAUUAACACUCUGGGCACCUUCCACUGUGAAUGUGAUACGGGAUAGAGACUGCAUGCUGACGAACGCACCUGCAUAAGGAUUGAAUUGGAAAUUGUCAAUAGCUGUGAAAAGAACAAUAGUGUUUGUUCCCAUCACCGUGAAAUGAAAAUUGGUGCUCCCCGUUGUUCCUGUAACCAUGGACACCAGCUUGAUUCCGAUGAGAAAACAUGCAUAGAUCUUGAUGAAUGUGAGAAUGGAGAAGCCUGCUGUGCCCAGCUCUGCAUCAACUAUUUAGGAGGCUACAAACGCAAUUGUCAGAAGGGCUUUCAGAUCAUUUCAGAUGGUUGUGGAUGUGAUGCUUUAGAUGAUGAUGAGCUAGAGGAAGAAGAAGAGGAAUGAGAAGUUGUGAGGUUUCCAGGUCUUCUAUUCAAGAGCCCACCUCAACAGCUUCAUUAUAUUGCUACCUUUCUGCCUCCCACCUACAAAGAUGAAGAAGAUGAGGAGGAAGAGGAAAAAGAUAUUCAUAGAGAACUGACUGCUUUGCACAAUUUUGUCUGUUUAGAUCCCAUCUUUGGACACAAUUGCAGCUUGAGCUGCAAGGACUGCAUGAAUGGAGGAAAGUGCCACGAAGGAAAGAGUGAAUGCUCCUGCCCAGCAGGUUGGGGUGUCAUUCUUUGUAAUGAAACCUAUGGCUUGAAAGCAAAGAAAAGGGUGGAUAAGAAGCCAAGUUCCAUAUUAGCAUCUGGAUUGGGAGCAGGGGAUGAAUGGAGCAGAUUUUAUAAAUUGUCCUCUCACCCUCCGGGAUGCCCAAAAGGGUUCUUUGGGAAGAAAUGCAAAAGGAAAUGUAACUGUGCCAACAAUGGCCAUUGCCACAGGAUGUAUGGCGCCCAUAUGUGUGAGCCAGGGUGCUAUGGGAGGUUUUGUCAUCUGAACUGUCCCGAGGGUGCCGACGGAGCUGGCUGCACUUCAGAAUGUCAGUGUGUGGAGGAGAAUACCCUGGAAUGCAGUGCCAAAAAUGGUAGUUGCACCUGCAAAUCUGGUUACCAAGGCAACAGAUGCCAGAAAGUCUGCCCAGAUGGCCUUUGGGGACCAGAGGGCUGGUUCUCCUCUGCACCCUGUGAAAAUGGAGGUCAGUGCAACAAAAAAACUGGAAAUUGUGACUGCACUCCUGAUUACACAGGAAAAUCCUGUACCAUAUGACACCCGAAAGGCACGUAUAGUCCAUAUUGCCAAAAGAUGUGUAAGUGCCUAACUGUGGCAUCUGUGACACCAUGAU